AUGAGAGUUCCCAACAACUUUUUCUUCGCCAGCCUGAGUAUUGCGGACCUGCUGGUGCUGGUGAUAUGUCAGCCAUCUGCCCUCCUGGAGUUUUAUGCCAAGGACCGUUGGUAUCUAGGAACCGCAAUGUGUAAACUUGUGCCUUUCCUCGAGAGCACCGCCCAGAAGACGUCCGUACUCACCAUUGCCGCCAUCAGCUUCGAACGUUACCACGCCAUCUGUCGGCCACUACAGUCUCAGUACUUAUACUCAAGAACGCGAACCGUCCUGAUCCUGACGACGCUGUGGAUCACAGCCGCACUCGUGUCUUGCCCUUUCGCUGCGAUCUCGCUGGUAGAGGACGCUACGUUUUACGACGGCUCUGCUGUCAAAGUCUGCCGAACUAAAAUCUACCUUACCUGGCAUUACGUGUAUGUGAUUAUCCUCCUUGUGGUGUUUUUCCUCAUACCGCUGGUAGUCCUCUUGAUUUUGUAUUCCAGGAUUAUGUUUCGACUUACCUCGGACGUAUUGGCCAUUGGCCAAAGGAAUGAUCAGCGAGCUCUAAUGAAACUGAAACUCCGGCGACAUUCCGUCUAUCUACUCAUCGCCAUUAUCCUUUUAUUCUUCAUCAGCCUUUUGCCGAUGAGGGUGUUUGUGUUGUGGGUAAUUUUCGCUCCCCUGAACGACAUGAAAACUUUGGGCUUUGAGGGAUAUCUAAAUCUAUUGUGCUUUAUUCGGGCCAUGGUGUAUUUUAACAGUGCUACCAAUCCGGUCGUGUAUAGCCUGAUGUCCUCCAAGUUUAGGGCUGCCUUCUGGUCUCUGCUACGCUGCAAACGCACCAAAAAACAACCUGUUCACAUGUGUGGAUAUUACCUAACCACGUCACCCCCACACCAUUACUGUGUCCUGCAAACGCCAACAAAUCGACUUGCCUCCGGUGUGAAGGCUAGCACGUUCGGAUAUAAACUCAACAUAAUGUUAACAACUGCACAGAGAAGCAGUAAGUUUCGCUCCAAUAGCUCGGAGGAGGAGGACAGUUAA